AUUAAUUUAAGCACAUGUUGCUUAUACAUCAUUUUUGAUAAACGUUAUUCUAGUAUUUUAUUUUGAUAAUUAAAUAUUUAUUUAUAAAACAAAUCAAAAGGCUUACAUUUUUAGUAUUAGAUACAAAAAAAAAUUGCAAAAUGGAUGCAAGUCCUAUGGAAAUAGAAGAAGAAAGGAAAAGUUUUCAAAGAAUUAUUACAGCUUUUAUGUAUUACAGGACACACUCAUUAAGUAGGCUGAAUAAAAGUGUGCACUACUUGAAGUCAUUACCAGAACAACAUCAAAGACUUUUAAUAAACUACAGCACUAGUUUAGAAACUAUAAGACACUGUAUACAAUCUAACUAUAAUGUUAUUUUAGAAAUAAUUAAAGAUACUACCUGUUUAUUUGAGAACCAAGAUACUCCUCCAUCUGAUCGUUGGCGUGCUCCAGAUGUUUGUAAACCUAUAGCAACUGAUUUAGAAAAAGUUCAGUCUACCCUGAAACAAUUUGUACGAGAUUGGAGUAGUGAAGGAAUUGAAGAGCGGAAUACUUGUUACAAACCUAUCAUUGAUGACAUUCUGAAGGAGUUUCCUUUAGAUGCUGUCACACCACAUGAAAUUAAAGUGCUGGUACCAGGAGCUGGACUGGGAAGAUUAGUAUUCGAAAUUGCAAAACUUGGUUAUAAUAGUCAAGGAAAUGAGUUUUCCGUAUUUAUGUUAAUAGCAUCAAACUUUGUUCUAAACAAAUGUAGAGGAGUAAAUAUAUAUAGGUUGUAUCCAUGGAUUCAUCAAUGUGAUAAUAAUUUAGAGACUGAACAUCAAAUGCAAUGCAUUUCAUUUCCAGACAUUAAUCCUGCUCAGGAAUUACCAAAAAAUGCAUCAAUAUCAAUGGCUGCGGGAGAUUUUUUACAAGUUUAUACAGAUAAAAAUGAAUGGAAUUGUAUUGCUACCUGUUUUUUUAUUGAUUGUGCUAACAAUAUAGUUGCUUUUAUUGAAACAAUUUAUAAUAUACUUAAACCUGGUGGAAUUUGGAUUAAUUUAGGACCUCUGUUAUAUCAUUACAGUAAUGUAUUUGACCAAGAUUCAAUUGAACCAAGUUAUCAAGUUAUUAAAGAAAUUAUAACUGGUAUUGGUUUUAAGUUUGAAAAGGAAAUAUUAAAUAUACCAACUAAAUAUGCUCAAAACCCUCAAUCUAUGUUGCAAUAUGAAUACAAAAGUGUUUACUUUGUUUGUCGUAAGCCAAAAGUUCCACAUGUUAUAACACCCUCAAUUUCUGAAAAUUGUAUAAAUAACAUUGAGAAUUUUGACUAUCCACUUAAACAAUUAAAUACUGCUUCUGGUCAUUUAUCACCAAGAAGUGACAUUGAAGAGCAUGAUGUUGAGUGUAACUAUAUUGAUAAAUGCUUAUAAUGUGACAGUUUUCAAAUUUUUGUGAUAAUAAAUUAAGAUUAAAUACAUUUGUAAUAUUUACAAAAAAGAUAAAAAGGACCUAAUUUUUAUGUGCAUAUUUUGAUAAAUUGUUUAUAACAUUUUGAAUCUCAUUUAAUAU